AUGUCUAUUCUCAGAGUAAUUGCAGUAACGGAUUUUGAGCCAACCCAGGCACGUAUGGCUUUCCCUUGCUUUGAUGAACCAUUGUUCAAAGCCAACUUUUCAAUCAAGAUAAGAAGAGAGAGCAAACACAUUGCUCUAUCCAACAUGCCGAAGGUUAAGACAAUUGAACUUGAAGGAGGACUCUUGGAAGAUCAUUUUGAAGCAACUGUAAAAAUGAGUACUUAUCUUGUAGCCUAUAUAGUUUGUGAUUUCAACUCUGUGAGUGGUACAACCUCAUCAGGGGUCAAGGUGUCCAUCUAUGCAUCCCCAGACAAAUGGAAUCAAACACAUUAUGCUUUGGAUGUAUCACUGAAGCUGUUUGAUUUUUAUGAAAACUACUUUGAUAUCAACUAUCCAUUACCAAAGCUGGAUCUAGUUGCCAUUCCUGACUUUGAGACUGGAGCCAUGGAAAAUUGGGGCCUCAUCACAUAUAGAGAGACAUCAUUGCUCUUUGAUCCCAAGACCUCUUCUGCGUCUGACAAACUGUGGGUUACCAAGGUCAUAGCCCAUGAACUAGCACACCAGUGGUUUGGCAACCUGGUUACAAUGGAGUGGUGGAAUGACAUUUGGCUCAAUGAAGGUUUUGCAACAUACAUGGAGCUUAUCUCUAUUAAUGCUACAUAUCCAGAACUACAAUUUGAUGAUUCUUUUCUGAAUGUAUGUUUUGAAGCAAUUGCAAAGGAUUCAUUGAAUUCAUCUCGCCCUAUUUCCAAUCCAGCAGAAACUCCUACUCAAAUACAGGAAAUGUUUGAUGCAGUUUCCUAUAACAAGGGAGCUUGUAUUUUGAAUAUGCUCAAGGAUUUUCUGAGUGAGAAGAAAUUCCAAGAAGGAAUAAUUCACUACCUGAGGAAAUUCAGUUACAGAAAUGCUAAGAAUGAUGACUUGUGGGGGAGUCUCUCAAAUAGUUGUUUAGAAGGUGAUUUUACAUCUGAUGGAUUUUGCUAUUCCAAUUCCAAGAUGACAAGUAACACAGUCAGCUUUCUGGGGAAAAAUACGGAAAUCAAAGAAAUGAUGACUACAUGGACUCUUCAGAAAGGUAUCCCCCUCGUGGUGGUUAAACAAGAAGGGCGUUCACUAAGACUACACCAGGAGCGCUUCCUGAAAGGCGUUUUUAGAGAGGACCCUGAAUGGAGGGCUCUGCAGGAAAGGUAUCUUUGGCACAUCCCAUUGACCUAUUCCAUGAAUUCUUCUAAUGCAAUUCACAGACACAUUUUAAAAUCAAAGACAGACACUCUGGAAUUACCUGAAAAGACCAAUUGGUUGAAAUUCAAUGUGGAUUCAAAUGGCUACUACAUCGUGCACUAUGAGGGGCAUGGAUGGGACCAUCUUAUUUCACAGUUGAAUCAGAACCACACAUUUCUCAGACCUAAGGACAGAAUAGGUCUAAUUCAUGAUGUAUUUCAGCUGGUUAGUGCAGGAAUUUUGACCCUUGACAAAGCCCUAGAACUGACUCGUUAUCUCCCACGUGAAACAAACUACCCUGCACUCCUCAAAGGUCUGGGACACUUAGAAUUGUUUUACCACAUGAUGUACAGAAGGAAUAUCUCAGAUGUCACUGAAAACCUCAAGCAUUACCUUCUCCGGUAUUUUAAGCCAAUGAUUGACAAGCAAAGCUGGAGUGACCAGGGCUCGAUCUGGGACAAGCUACUUCGCUCAGCUCUCUUGAAGUUGGCCUGUGACCUGAACCACCCUCCUUGCAUCCAAAAGGCAGCUGAGCUCUUUUCUCAGUGGAAGGAAUCCAGUGGAAAAUUAAAUAUCCCAACAGACGUUUUAAAGAUUGUGUAUUCUGUGGGUGCUCAGACAACAGGAGGAUGGAAUUAUCUUUUAGAGCAAUAUGGACAGUCAGUGUCAGGUGCUGAAAAAAACAAAAUUCUGUAUGCAUUGUCAACCAGCAAGCAUCAGGAAAAGUUAGCAAAGUUGAUCAAACUAGGAAUGGAAGGAAAGGUUAUCAAGACCCAGGACUUUGCAGCUCUUCUUCAUGCAAUUGCAAGAAAUCCAAUGGGGCAGCAUUUGGCCUGGAAUUUUGUAAGAGAAAAUUGGACCUAUCUCCUCAAAAAAUUUGACUUGGGUUCAUUUGUCAUGAGGAUGAUUAUCUCUGGUACAACAUCUCACUUUUCUUCCAAGGAUGAGUUGCAAGAGGUGAAGCUGUUCUUUGAAUCCCUUAAGGCCCAGGGAUCACACCUGGAUAUUUUUCAAAUUGUUCUGGAAACCAUAACCAAUAAUAUUAAGUGGCUGGAGAAGAAUCUUAACACUCUGAGGAGCUGGCUACUAGUUAAUAUUUAA